AUGAUUAACUUUUGCAGGAACAUCUGGCCAAAAUAUCCAAUAGGGCCAGAAGGUGCAUAUACUUGGGAUCCAGAGGGGGAGACGGAUAGGUACUGGAUGACCCAGUUGAGGAAUUAUUUGAUACUUAAUAAGAAGGAAAAGGAGAAACCAUAUCUAGAGGUAUGGUUCCACGCCCGGUUCUACGGACCGGAUCCCCCGCCCGUUAGUCAGUUUCCCCUGAGGAAGAAGGAGGAGGAUUCAGAUGAAGAAACACGUCCUGUUCCCUCUGCCCCUCCCGUAGUUGCGCAACGGCCGCCAAGCCCGCCGGCACACCCGGCGGUCACGAGUCCCCCGGGUAAUGCCCGGCUGGAGAGGGGUCAGACAUCCCCGGGGAAUCAGGACGCUGGGGAGGGAGUUAGUGGGAAGGAGCCGAAUCAGGAAAUUUGUUCACCGCCACCUUAUCAACCACCGAGUAGGGAAGUGCAACAAUUAGAGAGGGAUAUACGGAAUCUCCCUUUCCCGGAGGGAAAGCCCCGCGGUUCCCCCUUGGUUGAUGCAUUCCGAAUGUAUAGAGGAAGGGAGGGUUGGGGACUCUCACGGACGGAGGACCCAGGAGACUCUCCCGUUCAUACUUUCCCCCUUAGGGAGACCCCCGGAGGGAUAAAUGCACAAGGAAAUCCAGUUAUGGUAUAUGUGGUCAGUCCCAUCAAGCCAUCAGAACUCAGGGAAUUGAAACAGACACUGCCCAAAUUGCAUGAGAACAGUCAGGAGGUCGCGAACCUCCUCCAAAUGUGGAUGGGACCUCAUAUAUACACAUACACCGAAUUGAUGUAUAUAUUGGGGCAUUUGUUUACCCCAGAAGAAAAAGCAAUGAUUAGGAGGGCAGCAAUGCAGUACUGGGAAGUUAAGGAGGAUCAACGGGUCGCCGCGCCAGUACCGGGUCAAGGUGUACAACAGGUGGUUCCAUCGGAGACCAAAUUUCCCCUAGGGGACCCGAAUUGGGACAUAAACGAUGCAAAUCAUCGGACUCAUUUGAUAGAUCUGAAGGAGAUGAUUUUGGAAGGAAUUAGACGGGCUGUACCCCAAAGCACCAAUCUCACCAAAGCUUUUGAGGUCAAUCAAAUGAAAGAGGAGUCACCGGGUGACUUCAUACAAAGGAUUAGAGACCAUUUGACUAAGUAUUCAGGGGUGGCCCCAGAUUCACCGGCGUUUGACAAUCUGCUAAAGAUGCAAUUCGUAACCAAGGCAUGGCCCGAUAUUCAAAAGAAAUUGCAGAAAAUGAACUGGCAAGACGCCGCCAUCAUAGAUCUAGUAAGGACAGCGCAGCAGGUUUACGUCAACAGGGAGGCAGUAAAAAGUAAGCAGAAGUGCCAGAUGAUGGCGGCUACUUUGCAGAAAACUUGGGAAGUUCAGAAACAACAGGAAACCGAGGCUGCGAGAGGACGUGGGGGAGCCCCAUAUCGGGGAAGAGGGCGAGGGAGAGGGGUUACACACCAGGUUCCAGUGUCAUUUGUUAUCGAUGUAACAAACCUGGUCAUUUUGCCCGAGAAUGUCGGACCCCACGAGAUCAGAUACUGGAAAGAAAUGAGCAAAGACAGGGAAGUCAGAGGCCAAGACAGACAGAAAGAGAGGGAGGAACUGACACAACUGAGUUGUUCAGUUUAUAUGAUGAAUAGGGAACCUCCGGCUCGCUCCAUGGGGCCCGGAAUGAGCCACUGGUGA